AAAAUGGCGUCGCGUUCAUUGCUGUGACGCUUUAGUUUAUCAAUGUUGUGUUUUUUAGUUCUAUCGUUUCAGAUAAAUUAAAGAAGAAAUUUUAACAUUACAGAGUGGAAUGUGUUAUGGCAACACCCAACAGUUAUAAACAAAACGCAUCAAUGUCGAUGCCAAGUCCUCAAAAUAACCCGCACUACAUGAUUGCGGGGGCACCAAUGAGUUUCGGUAUGAUGAAAGGCGGUAUGAAUGCACCGCCUCACCAUAACCAAUACCAGUACCACCCACAAUACCAGGGUGGGCCGAUGGGCCACCCGGGGUACGGGUGGCAACCACAGCGUUUUGGUGCAGAGAGCGCAAGGCGGGCCACGUCAGGGUCUAGCCAAGCGGCCCAGAGUGGGAAAGAUGAUAAGACCAGUCCAUUUGUAUCUACUGUUCAUUCUCAUCCUGGAUUCCAACCACAAAAAAUUGGGAAGGGGCUUGGUGGGAGUGCCGGUUUACCAAAGCCCCCAAAACCCCCAGAAAAGCCACUUAUGCCAUACAUGAGGUACUCUCGCAGAGUAUGGGACACGGUGAAAGCGGCAAACCCCGAUCUAAAAUUAUGGGAGAUUGGACGUAUUAUCGGUGGAAUGUGGAGAGACUUACCUCAAACCGAGAAGUAUGCCUUUGUCGAUGAAUAUGAAGCGGAAAAGUCGGAGUACGAGAAAACCUUGAAGGCAUAUCACAACUCCCCGACCUAUCUUGCGUACAUUGCUGCCAAGAACAAAGCUGUCGUUGGAGCCUUGGAAGAAGAAAGCUCAAGCAAGAAAGGCAGCUCACAAAAAGAACAACAGCAGGACAGAAGAAUUGACAUACAACCUGCUGAAGAUGAAGAAGAUCAAGACGAAGGUCUAUCAGUAAAGCACGUGUCGUACGCGCGUUAUUUGAGAAACCACCGCCUCAUCAACGAGAUAUUCUCCGAUACAGUUGUACCAGAUGUGAGAUCUGUCGUUACUACCGCAAGGAUGCAGAUUCUGAAAAAACAAGUUCAAUCACUCACAAUGCAUCAGAAGAAACUGGAAGACGAGUUGCAACAGAUUGAAGAGAAGUUUGAAGCGAAAAAACGCAAGUUUAUUGAGAGCAGCGAGGCUUUCCAGGAGGAACUGAAAAAGCAUUGCAAACCCGCCGUUGAUGAAGAGACUUUCACUCGAAUGGUUGAGAGAGCCCUUGAGCAGAUGAGACGUGGAGUCAAUCCAGCCCAUACUACUGUCAGAGAGAGAAAGGAUGAGCCUGCAAAUGAACCAAGUCAACAGCCGAUAAAAACAGAAACAAACGGACCAAAUGCGCCAACGCAAGUUGACAAAGUCUCUACCAGUGAAGUGAAAAUGGACGAAAAUAUGACCACAGAGCUGCCGGAAAAUAAAGAGGCGAUACCGGAUAGUACACCGGGACACGAAAAUGAGGGUGAGCGCAAAGAAGAGAAACCUCAUGAAAUCAAGAUGGAAACUAAAGAUGCGCCUGCGCAUCCGCCACCUCAAGCGCAUAUAGCCCCGCCUAAUGCAGGAAUGAUGAUGCCACCAAACCCUAAUGCGCCUGCGCAUCAGCCACCUCAUGGAGGUCCACCUCCGCCACCAGGUGGUUACGGUGGUGCAUAUGGUGGACGAUAUUACCCGGGGUACGCGGGUGGUUACCCUGCCGGAUAUCCACAUUAUUACCCACCCGGACCGGAACAUUACCCGCCGCACCAUGCGCACCCGCAUCCUCAUCAUGAGAUCAAGCCCGCUGAAGAGCCACCCGCUAAGAAGGAGAAUGAAUGAUUGUCACCGAAACGCGUCGUCAAAAGACGGCGCAAGUCCUCCUCGAAGGAGGGCGCUUAAGCUCGACACCGGAUCCACUCUUGGGUGCUAACUAGCUUCUCCAAAAUUCAGUGUCACGUUUAAAACUACGGUAUACCAGCUAAUCUAGCUUCACUUUAAUAAUGAGAUUAAAUCUGGUGAACAGUGAUGUGAUCAAAAACAUGCUUAGUUCAAUAAGUCUACUGACAGGUUUAAAUGUCAAAGUGACAGUUCAUUGUUAUUACGAAAAUUCAUAAUAGCUACACUAAAAAUCGUGUAGUACUGAAAAGGCCACAUUUGACAUUAUUUUUUGAUAACCAAUAUGGUUUCACAUAGGAGACAGCUGAGAGAGCACACAAGUGUUGGUUAAGUUUAAGAGUUCAAAGACAAUUUAAUCUGUAAACUGGUCUAAAAUUGAAUUAUGUUAGAGGACUUUUAAAGCAGUGACAAAAAGUUAAGAAUUAAAAAAUGUAUGUCUGUGUGAGUGGUUAUCUACAAUUUUUAAUGGAACGCGCGUUUUGUAUUUGUAAGGUUAUAUUGUUUGAUUUUUAUAUGUAGGUUAUAUUGGGCACUAGUUUAAGAACAUUGAAAAUGGUAUGUGGCAGAAACUCUACUUCCAUUAAUAACAGAAUUGGAUUUAAAAAUGUAUGUUUAGUAUUUUAAAGAAAACUUUAGAUAAAUCUAACACUAGAUUUUAAGAAUUGUACAUUUCUAAAUUCUCAUUACACAAUCAUCAACAAUAUCAAAAUUCGUAAUUUUACACUUUCAGUUUAAGUAUUGUUAUGUAAAUAAAGACCACUUAAAGAGUUAUAUAACUUAGGAAUAUUACUUUAUAUUAUGCAGAAUUUGUAUUUUUUCUUAAUAAUUAGGUAUAAUGUUUAUACAUAGAGUAUAAUUAGCAUAGUAAUACUUAUGAUUAAAUACAAUAUUUUUAUAUUUAUCUCUCAUUCUGUACUCUAUUGCUGUUUCUGCCAAAUUCAGCAAUGAUAGGUCGACCGGACAUAAUUGUUCCAUUGACUUCAUCUAAUGCUUGUAUUGCUAAGUCUUCACCUGUUAGAAAUAAAUGUAUGUUUAGUA